CUCUCUCUCUCUCGCAGGACUCUCCCGGAUUUUUUUUUUUGGCCCAAAAAUGACAGUGACUUGCUACCCGCGGCCGGUGACGCACGCCAGAAUGCGGGACCUUGUGUCAUUUUUCUCAGCCCUGCUGAAGGGGACAAAAGGCGGAUUUGGUGACUUCGUUCACAAACUCGUUCCCAGUCAGCAGCAGCAGCUCUGUCGUUACGCGGGCGCCCAGAAAACCCCCAGGCCGGAGGGGAGCGAGGAGAGAGGCUCUCUGUGUCCGCAGACGUCAGCCAACCCCGACGACUCCCGGUUGAAGCCGUCGGACUUCGACUACCUCAAGGUUAUCGGCCAGGGAAGCUUCGGAAAGGUGCUGCUGGCACGGCACAGAGAGAGUGGAAGCCACUAUGCUGUGAAAGUGCUGCAGAAACAGGUCAUCCUGAAGAGGAAAGAGCAGAGGCAUGUGAUGGUGGAGAGGAACGUGUUGCUGAAGGGCCUGAAGCAUCCGUUCCUGGUAGGGCUGCACUUCUCCUUCCAGACACCAAACACUCUCUACUUCGUCCUGGACUACGUCAACGGAGGUGAGCUCUUCUACCACCUUCAGAGGGAGGGGUCCUUUCCAGAGCCCAGGGCCACGUUCUACGCUGCAGAGAUGGCCUCCGCACUGGGCUACCUCCACCAUCUGGACAUUGUUUACAGGGACCUCAAACCGGAGAAUAUCCUGCUGGACGGCGAGGGUCACGUGAUGCUGACCGACUUCGGGCUGUGUAAAGAGGGCGUGGCCAUCGGUGGAACCACGCACACGUUUUGUGGCACUCCCGAGUACCUAGCCCCAGAGGUGCUCAAGGGCCACUCCUACUGCCCGGCGGUGGACUGGUGGAGCCUGGGCAGUGUGCUGUUUGAGAUGCUCUACGGGCUGCCUCCGUUCUACAGCCGCAGUAAAGUUGAGAUGUACGAGAGGAUCCUCCACGCUCCUCUGAAGCUCCGCCGUGGGGCAUCCCGGGCGGCCCGCUCUCUGUUAGAGGGGCUGUUGGAGAGAGACGCUUCCAAACGCUUAGGGGGGAGCCGUGACUUUGUAGAACUUCAGUGUCAUCCAUUCUUUGUGUCAAUCAACUGGGACGACCUCCUGGCCAGGAAAGUCCCGCCCCCAUUCGUCCCAAACGUUGCCGGUCCCUGUGACGUCCGCUACAUUGACCCCGAGUUCACGCGACAACCCGUUCCCGCCUCCGUGGGUUUGAGUGACCGGUGUCAUGGCGGCGAGGCGGGCGGAGCCUUCUCGGGAUUCUCCUACAUGCCCCCACUGGAGUGCGAGGUGGCCGAGCUGCUCUCAUAAUCUACCUAAAUGUUAAAACCUGUUGGGUAAUAAUACCGGGAGCGUCACAGUCCAAAUUCUUAGGGGGCUUUUUUUUUUUUUUUAAUAUUUAUUUUUUUUCUAUUUUUUUCUUUAAAUUAAAUUGAAUUAUGUU